AUGGCUACUCUUGGUGAACAAGUAGUGAUCUACACAAGCCUACACACCUACUUUCUCUUUCUCUUCUACUCCAGUAGCUGGACGCCGCUCUGGCCUGCCACGGAGGCACGUCACUUGCCGUGGAAGUCGAAAACUACAGACUUUGGCAAUAGGGGCCUCCUCGGCGGUGGGAAGCCUGGACCAGAUACAGACUUCAAACAGCUUCGCCGCCCUGGAUCCAGAGGUUCUGGCGCCUUCAUCACUGGGGGCUUCCGCUUCGAGAUCAGAUCCGGAGACGUCACUUUUGGCCUCCUCCUCGGUGUGUUUGUGGUGUGUGGCUUGGUCCUGCUGACUCUUUGUGCCUUCGCCUCCUGGAAGCUGUGCUGGGUGCCUUAUUUGCGGAAUAAAGAGGCAGCGGCCCUCUCCUCCAACUCUGCAGCCUUCACUCCGGCCUGUGGUCCCCCAGACGACUGCUCUCCCUUCCACCUCCACCUUCACCCUCCUCACCCCCUCCACCACAACCAGCACAAGUUCCUCCCCAGCACCAACCAGCAAAAGUCACCAGUUACCAUGGCAACGGAUAAGGUGAAAGACCCGAUGGGUUCCAUGGGAUUCCUAGAGGCUGCUGUGAAGAUAAGCCACACAUCGCCUGACAUCCCCGCCGAGGUGCAGCUCUCAAUGAGGGAGCACUUUUUGAGGCGCACGCAACGCAUGCAGCGGCAAGCCACUGAGCCUGCUUCUUCCACCAGACACAGCUCAUUCAAAAGGCACCUGCCCAGGCAGAUGCAGUCCAUCAGCCUGGACCUGGGCAAUGACUAUGCGGAUGAGGAUGAGCAGCCCACCAGCAUCGGACGCAUCAAACCAGAACUCUACAGACAGAAGACCUUGGAUACAGAUGAGUCCGCCAAGAACAGCAACGCCAAGAACUGCGGGAAGAUCAACUUCUCCCUGAAGUACGACUAUGACAAUGAGGCCCUCCUGGUCAACAUCCUCAAGGCCUUCGACCUGCCCGCCAAGGACCUGUGCGGCAGUUCCGACCCCUAUGUCAAAAUCUAUCUUCUCCCAGAUCGCAAGAAGUUCCAGACGCGCGUCCACCGGAAGACGCUCAACCCCACGUUCGACGAGUCCUUCCAGUUCCCCGUGCCUUAUGAGGAGCUGGCUGUUAGGAAGCUCCACAUGAGUGUGUUUGACUUUGACAGGUUCUCCAGACAUGAUAUGAUCGGGGAGGUGGUGGUGGAUAACCUUGUUGAGACGUCAGACCUCUCCAGGGAGACAGACAUUUGGAGGGACAUUCAGUACGCCACAACUGAGAGUGUAGACUUGGGAGAGAUCAUGUUCUCACUAUGCUACCUGCCAACCGCAGGACGACUCACUCUCACCGUCAUCAAGUGCAGGAACCUCAAGGCCAUGGAUAUCACUGGAUACUCAGAUCCCUACGUCAAAGUGUCCCUCAUCUGUGACGGGAGGCGUUUGAAAAAGAAGAAGACGACCAUCAAGAAGAACACUCUGAACCCCACGUACAACGAGGCCAUCAUCUUCGACAUCCCCCCAGACAGCAUGGACCACGUCAGCCUGCACAUCUCAGUCAUGGACUAUGACUUGGUAGGUCACAAUGAGAUCAUUGGUGUGAACCGUGUGGGGUGCAGUGCUGAGGGGCUUGGCAAGGGCCACUGGAACGAGAUGCUGGCGUACCCACGCAAGCCCAUUGCACACUGGCACCCCCUACUGGAGGCCAAGAAAUCACAGAAAGAGUGGAAAACGCGGACGGCCAGUUUAGACAGCCAGGGCUCUUGCCCCUCCCCCAGGCCUCCUUCUAGCCCCUGAGCAGAACCACCUGUGACCCUAGUGAAAUGGUCUCCUCUCUCUCCUACUAAUCCUACAUCCUGUCUGGUCUGUCUGCCUGCGCCUGAGGAGAAACAUAACCCCACUCAGUCUCUUUCUCAGUCUUCACUCUCCCUCAAGUGUAGCAGCAAAGUGAUCCCGUUCCCAAGAACUGAUCCUGGAUCAGCAUCGCUGUCAGUUGUUUGUGACGUAACAAUGCUUUUUUUUUUUAUCAACAUGAAGUGUUGAACUUCGGUUUACUGAUCUGGAGUCAAUCCCAGUACUUGGGGUGCUUUGGAUUAGUUUUAUCCUGAGCUUCUCAUCAAGUGAGUCCCCAAAGGGAGAGCUUGUUGUCUGAGUGGAACAACAGACUGCCGGCUCCGAGUGUAUCUAUCUAUGGGUUGAGUCCAAAUGAAUGUGAUCACAGUUCUCUCACAGGGACUUGGUCCAACACACUGAAGUUUCUGCUCACACACACACACAGAGAGAGAGAGAGAGAGAGAGAGAGAGAGAGAGAGAGAGAGAGAGAGAGAGAGAGAGAGAGAGAGAGAGAGAGAGAGA